GGAAGAGGGGAAGCAUGAGAUGAGAUGAAACACAAGAACAGCAACAGGCUAUUAUAACAGGUGAGUGAGAGCAGCAACCAAAUUCAUACAAAAACACUCAAAAAAUUCACAUCCAUCCAAAACAUAUGAACAAUAAAAAUCUCUGCCUUCUUCAUUUCAAUUCCUCUUCAUAAUUACAUCCAUCACCCUCUCUCUAAUAAGACCAACUGAGGAAACAGGACUUUCCUCUCUCUCUCUCUCUCUGGACCUGUAACAUUUUCUCUCUUCUCUCUCUCUCUCUCUCUACUCGGAAGCGAAGAGGAAAAACCCGUUUCAGAAAUGGAGAUUUUGGACGCGACGGCUGCGUGUUUCGUGGUGGACGAUGAACUUCUCAACUUCACUCUCGACGGAGAAGGAGAGGACGACCAAGUAACCAAAACCAUUCUCAAAGGCUGUUACGCUUCCUCUUCUUCUUCUUCUUCCUUGGAGACGACGACGUUUAGCGACGAGAAUCGUACCGGUUCAUUUCCUGAGUUCGUUGAGGAAGAACUGGAAUGGUUAUCCAACAAGGAUGCGUUCCCGGCGGUGGAGACUUGCUUCGGCAUUUUGGCCGACAAUCCGGAACUUGUUUUGAGCCACCAGAGCCCUGUCUCCGUGCUUGAGAACAGCAGCAGCUGCAGCAGCAAUAGCAACUCAAGUAGUAAUGGCAAUGGAAUUGCCAUUGCAAGCUGCUGUGGCAGUCUCAAAGUCCCUGCAAAGUUCCCCGUUCGAGCUCGGAGCAAGAGACGGAGGAGAAAGAGAAGGGCAGGUUUCGGUGAAUUGCCCAGCCAGCAUUGCGUGUGGCUGGACCAAGUAAAUAUUAAGAAACAAGAGUCGUCGUUCUUGUUGCCACCAUUAUCAACGAUGAGGACUAAUGGUGCUAGUAUGGGGAGGAGGUGCUUGCAUUGCCAAGCUGACAAGACCCCACAGUGGCGGGCAGGCCCAAUGGGACCGAAAACGCUCUGUAAUGCUUGUGGGGUGCGGUAUAAGUCAGGUCGUCUGCUGCCGGAGUAUCGGCCCGCAAGUAGCCCAACAUUCUCGAGCAUCUUGCACUCAAAUUCUCAUAGGAAGGUGGUUGAGAUGAGAAAGCAGAAGCAGCUAGGAGAGGGAGGAGGAAUCACGGUCAACGAGGCAUGUGGAUAUAGGGUAGGAUAGUGGUGAGUUAGUUCCUUACAGCGUUGCAGCAAUUUUUUUUUCCUUUUUUUUGUUGAAGUUUUAGUAUAGUUAGAUUAGGUUUUAGGAUUUUGUUUUGUUUUCUAUGAACUGGUUUAUGGCUUGUUGUAAUGGAGUAGAUUGUUAGUGAAGCCAAUUGGUUUUUCUUUGAUCAAAAUCCACUAGGGAAUUUUGACUUAAACUUGCUUGGAGGCAUCAGACUAGGAAAUUUGCAUUAGAAAUGGUUCGGAUUUUGCAGUUCGAUCAUACUUUUUGGUCUUUGUUUCUGAGGAUUUAGCAAGAAGGAAUGAUCCAAACUUUAGAUGUCAUGAAUCAGUCGAUGUUUUAGUUGAGUUUUCUGUUGUAUGUCCGCUGGUUGAAGAGUUCCCAUUGGUUAGGAUUUUGGCUUGUAAUUGAAGUUUGUUCAAGUUUGUAUAUUAUGAGAGUGAUUAUCUUGUUCAA